AUUGCGAAUAGUAGUAGGAGGAGUGCUUGUACAUUUCGCUCAUAUUCAUAUUCAGGACUGUAUACUGGUAAUUUUAGCUCCUCUAGUACUAGUAUACGAAAGGGUGGAUUUAGAUCUGAAAUCGAAUCAUGGCAGGCUCUACUGACAAAGCCGCCAUGCGCGAAUUGAUGCGACAGCAUCGCGAGGCUCAAGGAAAAGCAAAAAUAAAUGACCCCCUGGCAAGGUACUCGCCAGCCGGUGAGCUGUUCUGUGUGCUGUGCAACACGCCGGUGAAGAGCAAUCUUGUCUGGACAGCCCAUGUCCAAGGCCGUGCCCACAAGCAGCAAUUGCAAGCCUUGCGCAGCAGAUCUGCUACGGGUAGUGCACCGGCAUCGGCGGUGGGAUCUUCAUCUGCUCGUGCACCGGACAAUCGGCAGGCGCCAGCUCGAUCAGUAGCAGGGGAUAAUGGGGCAUCACACUCGGCGGCUUCGGCUCAGAACCAAAACAAGCGGAAAUUCACGGCCCUGGUGCAGGACUAUAGCGAUGAUGACGACAGCGAGGAUGACAGCGCACCGGCAGAAGCUGAGAGCUCCAGCAAGCGUGUGAAAGUGGAGAGUAGCACAUCGGCGGCAUCAUCAUCAGCAACAAGAGCAGCAGCGGCACCAGCUAAGGCGUCUUCAGGUCUACCGGCUGGGUUCUUUGAUAACGGUGUCGAAGGCAGUGACUCUGUCAGUGUUCCUGAUGCAUCUAGCAGUGACGCAGCAGCAGCAGCAGAAACAGCAACAGAAGCUGCAGAUUCAGCAUCAGUCAGUGAUACUAGGCCUAUUGAGGAGAAGCUUCCUGAAGGGUUUUUCGAUGACAAAAAGCAAGACGCCAAAGCACGGAAGAUUGAGUAUGUUGAUCCACAGGUGGCUGAGUACGAAAAGUUCCAGCAAGCUAUUCUCAAAGCAAAUCAGGAGUCUGAAGUGUUGAUGGAUCAGGAUGAUGAUGAAGCGCAGGACCAGAGGCACUACAUGGAGCUGCACGAGACACUUGCGAUUGCUCAACGAGUCGACACCCUGCAAGAGGUCAUGCAACGGAAACUACUGGAAGCACGCACUGCCCGCCAGGCCGCCAAGGAGGAGAAAAUGAGCGACGAGUCGGCUUCAAGUGACGACGACGACAACUUCGAUUGGAGAGCCAAGAAAGUUUCCAGAAAGGUAUGCAAAGAGAGGCCCUAG